AUGGACUCCUCGCCUAGAAACAAGACCGCCGAGAACGCUCUGCCUUCGGUGGCCGGCGUGAAGCGUUCGGCACCGACACUCCUUCCACCCUUCGAACCGCUGUCCUCCUCACCUGGACUGCCACGGCUCGUCAAAAAGGCACGGGGAGGCUCGGCAGCACCCAGUUUCAACAAUGCUCGCACCAAGUAUCCCACGCCGGUGCCGACGUCCAGCACAGGCAUCCUGUCAUCCUCGCCACCGCAGCGUGGCGGACCACGUCCUGUCUUGCAGCGUACCGCGUCUACCUCGGAGCGUGCUCCCCUGGGUGUUGUACCGACGGCCGAGCUGAACGAGAACGGCGAGACAAUGCUUAUGGGCCGCUCCAGCAACUCCUCGCACUACCAGCUGUCCGCCAACCGGUUGAUCAGCCGCGUUCACGUCAAAGCACGAUAUGUGCCGGCUGUCGAGACCCUGGAGCCAAACCGAGUAGAAAUUGUGUGCUGUGGAUGGAACGGACUGAAGCUGCACUGCCAGGGGCGGACAUGGGAACUGGGCAAGGGCGACACGUUCACGAGCGAAACCGAGAACACGGAGAUCAUGCUAGACGUGCAGGAUGCCCGGGUCCGUAUCCAAUGGCCCAAGAAGGAUCGCAAUGAAUUGCUUGGCGGCAUCUCCGACUCAUCGUGGGACGACUCUCCGCGCUCCAAAAUUGUGGCUAGACGCGUUCCUGGCACUCCAGGCGCCCCAGGUGCAUCGCCGCUGCAGUCCAGCCCCCUGCGUGGAGCACGUAUCGCGUCGCCCGUAAGCCCGACGCCGGCCGGUAUCCCGGCAUCUGGAGCUAGCCUGCAAGCCCUGUUGGCUCAACAGCUAGGCAGUGAUGGAGAGGAUGAAGACGAUACCGGCCCGGCAAUCCAGAUUUACGAAGAUGGCAGUGCCGACGAGCUCGAGCUGCCGGUGAAGGGACCCAGCCCCGGAGACGCGAGCUUUGCAACGGACGUGAUGGACAGCUUCUCAAGCGAAUUAAGCGAGCUCCCUUCAGACGACGAAGACAACAACCAGCACGACCAGAACAACGACGACGACCUCGACGAAGAAAACGAUCCGAUUAUCCACUCCUUCGGUCCCUUUGGUGCGAAUCUGUCCAGCCGCUUCGCUUCGGUAACAGCACGCAGCCCACAGAUUGAGAGGCCACGGCUGAGCCGCAUUCUGUCGGAGGACGACCUGACUAUGACCGCCAGCUCCAGAGAGGCCGAUGCCGGUAAGAAGGGCAUCCGACGUCAUCCGACAACAGGCAGGUCCUUGUCACCGCAUGCACAAAAGCAGGAGCGUGAUCUGGCAACAGAAGACUUGGACGAUGUUGACACCGACAAAGCGCUGCUAACAGACGGUGUGGGGCUGGGAAUUUCGGUUGCCACUGAGAACGCCAGCAGCCUUGCGUCACCAGUAAUUAGCAGCAAUGUGGACAUUGACACGGUGCGAAACCAUCUGAUCAACCAGCUCGCCUUUUCGCGUCUGUCGUCGAGCCCAUUGUCUACGAUUAUGAGCAACCUGCCGGCAGAGGAGCGGCGCGACCUGACACGCGAUGGAUUGCGCUACAUCAUCGAUGGCACCAACUGCGUCGGCGUGAUCCUGCGGCAAGGCAAAGAUGCUGCUGGCCAGGCUUUGGAGAGCGAGUACUACUACAUUGCCGAUUUCGAUGAGGACCUGUCUCGGAAGGCGGUCAUCGAUGGCCUGCGCAAGCCUAGUUUGCGAAACUGCCGCAAGCAGCACAAACAAUACUACUGGAAAAGGCCACGAACUCCGUGA